UUCCUGCAAGGAUCCUACAACUGCCGUCCUUCUCACUCAGUACCCAACAGCUGAAAUGGCUCUGAAAGGGAAAAAUGCGGUGGUGACCGGGGCAGUGAUGGGAAUAGGAAAAGCAAUAACAGAGAUUCUUCUGCAAAAUGGUGCCAAGGUGGCUCUCCUGGACGUGAAUGAAACUGCAGGAAAGAGUCUGAUGAAAACCCUCAGUGAACAGUAUGCACCAGAGAAGAUUUUGUUCCUGAACUGCAAUGUGGAAUCAGAGAAGGACAUUAAAGCCGCCCUUCAGAAAGCUGCAGAAACCUUCGGAGGGAUAGAAAUCAUGUGCAACAAUGCCGGUAUCCUCGAUGAGGCCACUUGGGAGAAAAUGGUCUCCAUAAACCUUAUGGGUGUCAUCAGGGGGACUUACCAGGCUCUGGACCACAUGAACAAGUUAAAAGGAGGUCGGGGAGGGGUCAUCAUCAACAUAUCAUCUUUGGCAGGUAAGGUCCAUGUUAUCUGA